AUGAUCCCUGGUGAUCCACUUCCCAUAUCCCACCAACUGUAUCAGCCUGGCAACUUCGUCAUAGGCGCAAUUGCCUCCCAGGUCUACUUCUUUCAUGACAGCCCGUCCUUCGUAGAGGAACCCACACAGAUGCUCAUUGACGAACCUGUUUCCAUGCCAAAGAUGUACCAGCACAUCCUGGCCUUGUCCUUUGCUGUAGAGGAGAUCAACAAGAAUCCCAAAAUCUUGCCAAACCUCACUCUGGGCUUCCACAUUCUCAAUGGCUAUUACAGUGCGAGGAUGACAUACAAGGCCUCCAUAGGCCUCCUUUGCACAUACCACAGAUUUGUCCCCAGUUUCCAGUGUGGUGCUCAGAAAAAAAUAGCUGCUGUCAUUGGAGGACUUGUGACUGAAGCCUCUGAAAUUUUGGCCAUCAUCACUGCCAUGUCCAGGAUCCCACAGCUCCAUCGUUUUCUACGGGGAUUCUUGUUCAACAACAGUGCUGGAGAUACUGUGAGUUUUGAUGAAAGUGGAGAAUCAGUGGCAGGUUUUGAUGUUAUCAACUUGGUAACCUUUCCAAAUAACUCUUUUGUUAGAGUGAAAGUUGGAAGACUGGAGCCGCAGGCUUAUCCAGGGAAGGAACUGACACUUGAUGCUGAACUAAUUGUGUGGCACAGGAGUUUUAACCAGGUCAGAUCAAGUUACAGUUCCAUGCCAAAGAUGUACCAGCACAUCCUGGCCUUGUCCUUUGCUGUAGAUGAGAUCAACAAGAAUCCCAAAAUCUUGCCUAACCUCACUCUGGGUUUCCACAUUAUCAAUGGCUACUACAUUGCGAGGAUAACAUAUAAGGCCUCCAUGGGCCUCCUUUGCACAUACCACAGAUUUGUGCCCAAUUUCAGGUGUGGUGCUCAGAAAAAAAUAGCUGCUGUCAUUGGAGGACUUGCCACUGAAGCCUCUGAAAUUUUGGCCAUCAUCACUGCCAUGUACAAGAUCCCACAGCUCCAUCAUUUUCUAUGUGGAAUCUUGUUCAACAACAGUGCUGGAGACCGUGUGGGUUUUGAUGAAAGUGGAGAAUCAGUGGCAGGUUUUGAUGUUACAAACUUGAUAACAUUCCCAAACAACUCUUUUGUUAGAGUGAAAGUUGGAAGACUGGAACCAUGGGCUCAUCCAGGGAAGGAACUGACCCUUGAUGAUGAUCGAAUUGUGUGGCACAGGAGUUUUAACCAGGUGCUGCCCCUUUCUGUGUGCAAUGACAACUGCUAUCCUGGCCACAGCAGAAAAAAGAGGGAAGGAGAGAAAUUUUGCUGCUACGACUGUGCUCCAUGCCCUGAAGGGAUGAUGUCCAACAGGAAGGAUAUGGAUGCUUGCAUGGAAUGCCCAGAAGAACAACAUCCCAACAAGAACCAAAACCAAUGCCUCCCCCGUGCUGUUAGCUACCUUUCCUACAAAGAACCUUUAGGAUUCAUCUUCACUAUAGUGGCUAUUUCUUUCGCUUUGAUUACAACUUCAGUCCUGGGGAUAUUUCUGAACCACAAGGACACGCCCAUUGUCAAAGCCAACAACCGGGGCCUUACCUACAUCCUCCUCAUCUCCCUCCUGCUUUGCUUCCUCUCCUCCUUGCUCUUCAUUGGAAAGCCUGAAAAGGUUGCCUGCCUCAUCCGACAAACUGCCUUUGGCACCAUCUUCUCGGUGGCCCUUUCCUCUCUCUUGGCAAAAACUACAACUGUGGUCAUGGCAUUCAUGGCCACCAAACCCGGAUCCAGAAUAAGGAAAUGUGUUGGGAAAAGAAUAGCAAUUUCUCUUGUCCUCUGUGGCUCUUCUGUACAGGUAGUCAUUUGCGUACUUUGGCUAAGUACGUCUCCUCCUUUCCCAGAUAUGAAUCGGCACUCAGCAAGGGACCAAAUCAUCCUGGAAUGCAAUGAGGGCUCAGGUGUGAUGUUUUACUGUGUCUUGGGCUACAUGGGCUUGCUGGCUAUUGCCAGCUUUACUGUGGCUUUCCUAGCCAGGAUGUUGCCGGACACUUUCAAUGAAGCCAAAUUCAUUACGUUCAGCAUGUUCAUCUUCUGCAGUGUGUGGUUCUCCUUCAUCCCAACCUACCUGAGCAUCAAAGGAAAAUACCUGGUGGCAGUGGAGAUCUUCUCCAUCUUAACCUCCAGUGCUGGCCUAUUGCUUUCCAUUUUUUCUCCCAAAUGCUUCAUCAUUUUAAUGAGGCCUGAGUUAAAUGACAAGGGACAUCUGAUAAGAAUGGAAAAACCUGGGCCGAUAUUCUAG